AUGGAAUCAGAGAAGGCGUCCCCUCCACAGGGCAAACCGGCUGCAAAUGUGGAUGCAUUGGGGCGGAAGGUUUGGGACAAGUCUUACUAUGCCCAGGUAGCAGAGAAGAAAACAGGAGGGCAGGGGGACGGUGUGGAACAAUCUAUCGCAACUUUGCUGCCCGAUCCAAAUCGUAAACCGGUAGUAACUGUGCCGGAAGUGCGUGAAAACCUCAAGCAGCGAAAGGAAACGGUCGAUGUAACGAAGGAUGUGGGUAAAGUUAGGGUAAUUAGCGCACUAACCCACAAAUCGCAACAAGGGGGGUUCUACUGCAAGGUAUGCGACUGCCUGCUGAAGGACUCUCAGGCCUACAUGGACCACCUCAACGGACGCAAACACAACAGGAUGCUUGGCAUGACCAUGCGCGUCGAGAAAGUCGACGCCAAGACUGUUGCUCAGGCGCUGAAGAGAAGGGCCAUGCAAGAAAACGCUCCAAAGUUGUCCACAGAAGAUCUACAGAAGGAUUUACAAGAACGAAUUCAGGAGCUCGAGGCUGAAGAGCGCGAAAUGAAACGGAAGAGGAAGAUGAACAAGAAACUCAAGCACGAAACCAAAGGCACCCCAACGAAGCUUAAAGUGGAGGAUGACGGCAGCGAAAAUGUGGAAAUAGAUCAAAAUGAGGUAUUAAUGCGAUCUAUGGGGUUACCAACGAGCUUCUGA